AUGUAUAGGCACAUGACUUGUCCUUUCUGCCACUCCACGGUGAUUCCCUCAGGCUCCGAUGUACCGGAUAAAAUCUACUCCGUUAAAAAUCAAGCCAUUAAUAACAAUAAUAUCAACAGAAGUUUAAGAAAUGGAAACGGUUCUUUCGAAUACAUUGUCAACAACGGUUACAACGUUUCCGUGGAGUCAACCACUUCCCGGUUGGAAGCUCCUGAUUGUUCUAUCGACAAGCAAAACACGAUCAGAGUUCCCGACAGCGAGGUUUUGGCCAGAGAGGUUUCCAUUGGGAGGAACUGGAUGAUGGACUACAUAGAUGGACCAGCAUUAAUGUCUAUGUCUUCUCAUAGAAUGUUGUUUCGAAACUCCAGCCGCUUCUUCUCCUGCACCAGUCGUAGGAACGAUUAUGUCUCCAUCAUCAAAGACCUAGAAGCGAACCGGUUUGACAAAGAAAUUAGCAACUUCUUUCAAUGGCUAUCGAGAGUUUAA